UAGCUCGCCACCCCCCUUUUUUUCUGACAUGGUUUCUUCCAUACUCGGUUUGAAGCAGAAGCGGGAGACAUUGUUGUUAUACCUCUGCUGUUGUCUUUUUCCGGGAAGAAAUAGGAUGGAUAUAACGAGCUCUCUAAAGUCUCUGCUGUUGGCCAUCCGACAGUACAGAGACAGCAGGACUGCUCAGCAUGCUGCCCAGCUGCACAAACAAGUGGAGGGAAUUUCCCAUCUGGAAUUUGACCGCCUGCUUUCCUCGGCUCACUUUCUACCCACUGAGUGUGUGAGUGGCCUGGUAGAGCUGGCAGGAAACCCAAACACAAGUCCUGCCCUGACCAGCGCCAUCAUCUCCCUGCUGGCCCAGCUGGGGAAUGAUGAUGCCAGCCGGGAAAUUCUCCACAAAGGUUACAACCUGACCAGCACCCUGGCUGCUGUCAUCCACUGCCACAGCAGCACACCUGGAGAGCCUCUGGUGCUGCAGUGUCUUCAGGUGCUGCAGAAGCUGACGUACAGCACUCAUAGCUUCCAGUUCACAAGCUACAUCCAGGAGCUCAUCGCUUUUCUCCUGACAAACAUACAGUCUCAGAAUGAGGAGAUCCUCGUGCACUGCCUCGCCCUCAUGGCCAACCUUUGUCGUGACAACCCCUCCGUGCAGAGCCACAUCAAGUCAAUGGACAACGUGAGGCGGUUUUACCGAACUCUGUUCAACCUCAUGGCUCAUAACAGUCUGACUGUGGUGAUCUUUGCACUGUCCAUUGUGGCCAGCCUCACUCUGAAUGAGAAGGUGGGAGAGAAGUUUUUUGAUGCACAAAACAUCCAUCAAACUUUCCAGCUGGUGUUCAACAUCAUGGUGAACGGUAACGGCUCUCUGACCAUGAAGUACGCUGUGAAUGUCCUCGUCGAUCUGUUGAAGAGCUCCAGAAUAGUAGAUUACCUCACCAAGUAUCAGCACCUCUCAGCAUGUGUCUCGCAGGUUUUGGGGCUGCUGCACUGUGAAGACCCUGACUCUGCAGCCACGGUGCUGGAGCUCCUCCUGGCCAUGUGCUGUGUUCCAGGUCUGCGCUCGCAGCUCUGCGAUGUGGUUUUCAGACCAGCCAGACCCAAACUCAGAGUUGCAGCUCAUGGAGAGGGAGCCGGAGGACGGAAACCAGUGUGCGGUCUGGCUCUGGUGCAGUGGCUGAGCUCGCCUGUGGAGGGCGCUGAGAAAUGCUUGUUGCAGACGCUGCAGCUUUUGAAUGAGCUGCUGGAGGAGUCGCUGGGAGCAGAGAGGGUGUCUGAGUCCGUGUUGAACUUUGUGGAAAUGUUGCUUCCAGUCGUCUUGGGGCUGCUGAAAGGCCCCGUUCAAGAGCAAGGAGACGCUCACCUCAGAAAACACUUCCAGCGCGUCACCCACAUCUCCACCCUGCUGCUCACCCUCUGCUGCGUGGAGGCCACCAGAUCUAUGGUGUCCUCUCAGGUGAGCGCUCAGCUCUGCCUGUCUCAGGUAGAGAUACUCCUCUCCUGUUGUCAUAGCUACAGCUCCCUCACCUGCCUUUCUCCUGUCAGCAGUAAGGACCUCAGUCAGCUGUGUGCAGAAGCUCUGCUGAAGACUCUGGAGUUGAUGAGCAAACUGAGGCAGCAGGUGAAGGACAUGGAGACAAGCUUCUACAGGAUUCUGCAGGACCAGAGGACUGUGACUCCCCUCGCUUUGGCUCUGACGUCCCAAACCAGGGAGCAGGUCCAGACCGGCCUCAGUCUGCUGCUGGAAGCCACGCCCCUUCCAGACUUCCCAUUGUCGAUUUUGGGGGAAAGUAUGGCCGCCAACAACGCCCUUCAAAGACAGGCGGAGCUGUCGGCGAAGCGUGUCGCUGUGCAGGAGGCCCCGCCUCCCAAGACAAACGGCAGCAUGAUGGACGUUUCCAAAGGUUACGGAAGCAUGAACAACCUGGUGGAGAAGAUACAGGCUGGAUUGGAGCUCCAGGAACAGACGAAGGACCCUUCUCUCUCUGAGGUCAUUGACGUCUAUGAGCAGAAAUUAGCUGGAUUUGCUUCUAAGGAGAGUCGCCUCCAGGAGCUUCUAGAGGCCAAAGCUCUGGCUCUUUCUCAGGCCGACCGUCUCAUCGCAGAGUAUCGACUCCAGAGAGCUCAGGCUGAGGCAGAGGCUCGGAAGCUGGCAGGUCUGCUGAAGGAUACAGAGCGUCGACGGGAGGAUCUGCAGGGCGAGCUGAGUAACCAGGUGCUGGAGAUGGAGCGAGCUAAAGCCGACAUGAAGCUGCUGCUGCAGCACAAAGACCGGCUGCAGAAGGACUCUGAAGAACACCAAGUUCUCAAAGGAGCCUACAACGCCCUGCUCAACAGGUUUAAUGAAACAGAGCGUCUGCUGAAGGAGGUGCAGGCGGCUCACAUGUCUCUAAACAAACAGAACGACGCUCUGAAGAAAGACCACAAAAUGCUUCAGCAGCAGAAGGACAGAAUCACAUCAACGCUGCAGGAAAGAGAGGAGGAGAUCAAAUCCCUUCAGUCGGACUUGAAGAACAAAAACAGUGACAUCACAGGUCUACACGCAGAGCUGCGAUCUAAAGAGGAGGAGCUGAAGCUGGAGGAGCAGAAGAGGAGGGACCUGGAGGAGACGGUGGACCUUCUCAGGAAGGAACUGAGCAAGACGGAACAAGCCAGGAAGGACGCCAGCAUCAAGGCAUCAUCUCUGGAGCUGCAGAAAGAUCAGCUGGAGGUCAAGUUGAAGCAAAAAGAAGAGGAGCUUAACAAAAACUCGGCCAUGAUCGCCAUGAUUCACAGCCUGAGCAGCGGGAAGCUGAAGGGCAAUGUAAACCUAUCGCUGUGAGGAGAGACAAAUCACCUGGAAGAGGUCGAAUUUAAUGGACUUUAACCUAAACUGUACUAUUUAUGCUAUGUUUUGUGUUUUUAUCCAUUUAUGUGUUAAAGUUUAUGAAUUUAAUAAAAAUUCAAAAGCUGCCGAGACUAAAAUGUCUCAAGCAGUGUUGUUUUCGUCAA